CCUAUAUUUCGGUUCGUCGCCGACGAAGUUUCAUAACUGAAGCACUGCAGCCGGAGAGACUCCGAUUGCAAAACUUCUUUUAAGAUAAACUAAAGAGUUGAUCACAACACGUCAACACCUCGUUUUGUCUCUUUCCUACCAAAUUUUCUAAUGAAAUGGAGCAGAGAAGUUUACAAAUUGAUCCAAAGAGUGGUUUCAACUCACUAACAAAGACCUUCCACAGCGUCAGACCUCCCGUUCAUCUUCCUCCAGAGAACGCUUUCCUUUCUGCAGCUGAAUACGCUUUCUCUCUCAGAGCCAAAUCGCCGUGGCCUGAUGAUUCCGUGGCUUUAAUCAACUCGAUCACCGGUCAACAGAUUUCCUACUCUGAGUUUGAUAGCAGAACCAAGUCUCUGGCCGCUUAUCUGCAGAAAGUAACUCAGCUCUUCAAACACGACGUAGCAUUUGUACUCUCUCCGAAUUCCAUCCAAGUACCAAUCCUCUACUUCUCUCUCCUCUCGCUUGGUGUUAUCAUCUCUCCGGCAAAUCCAGUAGCCACCGAGCGAGAGGUCUACGGCCAAAUCCAGUUAUCUAAGCCGGUGAUAGCAUUUGCCACGUCAUCGACUGUUCACAAACUCCCGAAACUUAGACACCAGACGAUCCUCAUCGACUCUCCUGAGUUCGAGUCAAUGAUGGUAAGCUCAAAAUACGAAUUCGAGCACGUUAAGCUGAGUCAAUCCGAUUUGGCAGCGAUCAUGUAUUCCUCUGGAACAACCGGAAAAGUGAAAGGUGUGAAGUUGACUCACAAAAAUUUCAUAGCACAAACAGCGAUAAACUCUGCAGCUUGGGAAAUGUCUGAGAAGCGAAAAUCCCCCUCAGUUAUGCUUUUUACGACGCCAUAUUUUCAUAUUUUUGGAUUCUUCUAUAGUAUCAGAUCCGUGGCUUUGAGUGAAAAAGCGGUGGUGAUGGACAGGUUUGAGUGGAAGAAUAUGUUGAAAGCUGUGCAGGAGUUUAGUGUUACGCACGUGGCAUUGACCCCGCCAGUGGUGGUGAAGCUGUCGAAAGAUGGAUCAGCGGACGGCUACGAUUUGAGCUCUCUUGAAACUGUAAUCUGUGGCGCGGCUCCCCUUGGGCAGGAAGCAAUCGCGGCAUUUACAGCUAGAUUUCCGAAAGUCAUGUUGGCGCAGGGUUACGGGUUGACUGAAUCGACGGCGGCAGUUGCUCGGACAAUAGGUCCAGAAGAAAAUAUGAAGUGGGGAUCAACGGGGAAGCUUUAUGCGGGUUUUGAGGCAAAAGUAGUGGAUCCUGAAACAAGUGAAGCAUUGCCUCCAUGCAGAGAAGGGGAACUUUGGAUUAGAGGACCUACAAUAAUGAAAGGAUAUGUUGGAGAGCCAGAAGCAACUUCAGCUACGUUGGUAUGUGAUGGGUGGAUGAGGACGGGAGAUUUGUGCUACAUUGAUGAGAAUGGUUUCCUGUUUAUUGUGGAUAGACUCAAAGAAUUAAUCAAAUAUAAAGGAUAUCAGGUGGCUCCAGCAGAACUAGAACAAGUGCUUAUUUCCCACCCCCAGGUUGCUGACGCUGCGGUUAUACCAUAUCCAGAUAAAGAAACUGGUCAAGUUCCAAUGGCUAUUGUGGUAAGACAGCCCCAGAACACUCUCAGUGAAACUGAAAUCAUGGAUUUUGUGGCGAAGCAGGUAGCACCAUACAAGAAAAUAAGACGUGUAGCAUUUAUCAAUUCCAUACCCAAAAGUGCAGCUGGCAAGUUAUUAAGAAAGGAUCUAAUCAGGAAGUUUGUUCUUCCACCACCGGCAUCAUCAAGGCUGUAAAGAAAAUUAUUUUUACACUUUUUUUUUUUUUUCCAAUAAAUCUAUAAUUAUACUUUGAAAUUAUAAAAUUCAACAUUUAACUUUGAAAAAGAAGGGACCCAUGUUAUUUAUAUAUGACUAUAGGCAAAUUAGAAAAGUUUUGUAAUAAUAAUAAUAAUGAUG